GAUCUCACAAAUAAUUGUAUUUUAAUUAUUUUCUUAUCAAACUGCAUCACAGUGCUAAAUUGAUUUAGAGUCAUAAUGAAAGAAUGCAUGCACUUCAACAACAUAAGUCCUAAAGAAGCACAGACAGAUAAAAGAUGUAACAUAACCUCUGCCAGCCAUUUCCCAAAAAAGAAACAAAAGGUCCAGGUGGGAGGAGGUGAUAAAGGAUCCCAGGAGAAGCGAAGGAGAGCUAGGACCUCAGCUGGAGAGGGCCUGGAGGUCAAGAGAUGAAGGAUAGCAGGUUGUUAUUCAGCCUGAUGGCUUGAAGAUAGAAGCUGUUCUUCAGUCUGGUUGUCUGAUUGGAGAGCAGUGAAGGAGAAGACCAAGGCCGAGCUGAAGACCAGAGGAAAACUGUGAAGCCGACUGGACUCAGAACUGAUUCAGACCAUUCACUCCUAUUAGAUGAACUGGACAUCACUUCGGACCAUUCGUCUGAGGCCCUAGAUUACAGGGUACCAUGUUUAUGUUGAAGAUCUCUGCCUUCCUUGUCGCUUACGCCACAGUGGUGUGCCAGAUGUCCAGCUCAAACGCUGCUCCAGCAAGACCUGGUUCAGAAUCUCUGACAGACAGAUUUGCGCUCAUGGACUACGAAGCACGGAGAUUACUGAGUGCUAUAGUCAAAAACGUAGUGCAGAUGACAGCGGAGGAACUGGAGCAGACGAAUGAUGACAACAGCCAGGGCAGAUUCCUGUCCAAGCGUUGCUCCAAUCUCAGCACCUGCGUGCUGGGAAAACUCUCCCAGGAGCUGCACAAAUUGCAAACUUUCCCGCAGACGGACGUGGGCGCCGGUACACCCGGCAAGAAACGCAGCCUGCUCGAGGGCAAUCAGUUUACAAGCUACGAAGAAACUUUUAACACCAUCUAACCCUAAGCGUAUGCUCUACGGUCCCGUUGCAUGUGGAUUCUGCCUGCUUGACUGAUCGCACACAAAACGGCUGGUUGCAGUGCUCCCUUUCUUUCUUUCUUUCUUUCUUUCUUUUGGCAGAGAAAGGCAUGUUAAAAAUCUAGAUAAAAUUUCUUCCGCACAAAAAUUCAGGAAUAGUUUUCUGUGCAUUUUACACAUGCCUCUUGAAUAACUGAAUACAUGUAUUAUACAAAAUAUUGAAAAUAAUAAUAAAAAGAGUGUUUAAGUUCAAUAAAGUUAUUUUUUUAUAUCAGGAACUCUUACUUUGUCAAAUUAUUAGCUACGUUAAUUUGAAGUCAUUGUAUAUGCGUGUUAUCAUUGAGUGUCUCUACAAAUAAACAUCCAAUGCAUGAAGAUUUCUGCAGGUAAGACGUCUGAAAUGACAUCUGUGAAUGUGAGCAGUUAAUAAUGGAUUUAAUAUACAUAAUCUCUGUUUAUAUGAUAUAUAAACCAAUGAAUAUAAUGCAUGAAAGUAAUCAAAUGACUGUUGUAGAUGUAUAACAGGAGAGUGUGUUCUGAAGUCUGGU